GAGAAAACCACAGCACUGAUACAUAAAGAGGAAGGAGGUGGGCUUUACUCAGUGUGACUGCUAAACUCUAAUGUGCUGAUCUCAGAUGGCCAAGAUCUAAAAUGGAGGAAUCCUCUUUACAGUGGCUGCUGGUUCUGACCUCACUGCUGAGCUGCCCAACAAACCAAGCCUCUCUGACUGUGAGUCCCAGCAGCUCUCAGAUGUUUGAAGGACAGUCUGUCUCUCUGAGCUGUGAGGAGGACGACAGCUCUGCUGGAUGGACACUGAGGAGGAACACAACCAGAGACACCAGGACUCAGUGUGGAGUAACGUGGGGAAGAUCAGCUGGUUCUUCUUGUACCAUCAGCUUCACCGCCACAUGGGACAGUGGAGUUUACUGGUGUGAGUCCAGAGAGGGAGCAACCAGUAACACCAUCAACAUCAGUGUCACUGGUGGACCAGUGAUCCUGCAGAGUCCUGUCCUCCCUGUGAUGGAGGGAGAUGAUGUCUCUCUGCACUGUAAAACAAAGACCCCUCCCUCCAACCUCACAGCUGCUUUCUAUAAAGAUGGCUCCCUCAUCAGGACUGAGCCUACAGGUCACAUGACCAUCCACCAUGUUUCCAGGUCUGAUGAAGGCCUCUACAAGUGUCACAUUGGCAGUCAUGGAGAGUCUCCACCCAGCUGGAUCACUGUCACAGAGAAACCCACCACUGCAUCUCCUCCUACACCCCCCUAUACUUCUGCUUCCCCCUCUAUUCCUCCCUCUCUUCCCACUCUCUUCCUCCCAUUAUUAUUCUGUGGUGUGGUUCUAAUGGUUCUAAUGGUUCUACUGGUGAGACAAUGCAUCCUGAGGAAACAAAAAGCUGCUGAAGCAGGGGGACAUGAUGACAUCACAGAUGACAUCACAUACAGGGAUGUCAUUAUAUUGCAUCACCCACAACAGCCAAUAAGAUGCAGACGAGAGAGUGAUCCAGCUGCAGUUUACUCCGCAGUGAGAGGAGCAGAAGACGUCAGUUAUGGACAAAUAGUCAUCAAAGACAUCAAAUCAAACCGGUUGAGAGAGACUGAUCCAGCUGCAGUUUACUCCGCAGUGAGAGGAGCAGAAGACGUCAGUUAUGGACAAAUAGUCGUUAAAGACAUCAGACCAAACAGGACGAGAGCAGAGCCAGAGGUCGUCUACUCUUCACUGAGGUAGACCUUCACACCUUCAACCAGUCCAACCACUGAUGUCCAGCUGUCCUCUAACUGGUCCCCAGAGACUCCCAGUACUUCCAUUAGUUUUAUUUCCUAUUUAAUAUGUUCAAGCUUAAUUAGACUCAUGCAGCUACAAACACACAAACAGCUCACAUUUAAUUAUUCUGUGUUUUUUGGUGCAAAAAAAAAAGAUUGUUAUAAUAUUAUAGUAUUUAAAAGUCAGCUUUUUAAGUUUUUCCCCUUAAAAGUAUUUCAGUAGGAUGCAAAAGAACAACAUAUUACUCAUUAUGUUAUACUGUCAUUCUUAUGUUUCUGCUGAACAGAAUCUAACGCUAACUAUCAGCUGUUUUAUAUUUAAUGUAAGCAUAUUGCUGUUAUUAAUAUUUCUGUUUUUGGACUCUUGUUGUAGCAGCAGUGAACUUGUUUCUCUGCAGGAUCAAUAAACUUUAUUCUUGUU